UAGACGUAUACUUUUAAAAUUCUAUCCACGUCGAAUCAUGUACAUAAGCAGUGACGUGCGCAGUAUGCGAAAUUUAAAUGCCGACACGCAUUGUUUUUUUCUUUUCGCGUCGUUUCAAUGUGUUUUAUUAUAUUGUCCGUGUACACCGCAUACAUGAUACAUCUUAUCUGAACAGCGUUUAUCACGUACAAUAGUUUAAAAGAGAAGAAACCGGUUUAAAUUUUUAAUUUAAUUGAAGUGUGAAAGUUUAAAGAAUGAUCAUGUAAUGCUUCAAGUGUUGACAUUUCAUAGUUCCUUUGUGCUCUUUGAAAUUGUUAAUAUGUGCUAAUUAUAUUUCAAACAGAAUUUCAAACAGAAAAUACUGUUCAUGUGUACAAAUUCAUUGUAAACAAAAUUGUUAUUAAAUGUAAUUUGUAUAUGUAAGGAGACAUGAGACAUUUGAUACAUUCCAAUAAUUAUCAAAUACACAUACACACACCCUGUUAAUAAAUAUACCUUGACAGAGGUUAUUGUACUGUCAAAAAAAUAUUUACCUGAGAAAGAAUAAACAGCUUAUAUGUGUGAUUUCAAGAAAACUGUGCUGCAAAGUAUUACAGAUGAAGACAACAGUUUCACUGGCGACGCCUACACGAGCUUAUCCAUUAUUUAUGCAGUCUUCGCUACUUGCAACUGGUUAGCUCCAUCGUACAUCUCUAUGUCAGGGCCACGAGUUGCUAUUCUAACUGGCGCUUGCUGUUACGUCCUUUUCAUAGCGUCGUUCCUGUGGCCUCACAAUGCUCUACUCUAUAUUGCCUCCUGUGUCCUUGGUCUUGGAGCUGCUUUGAUAUGGACAGGGCAUGGACAGUACCUAACAGAGAACAGCAACACCGAAACCAUGUCCAGAAACGCAGGAGUGUUCUGGGCAAUCUUCCAAACGUCGAUGUUCAUCGGCAAUCUAUUCGUGUACUUCAUGUUCAUCAAUCCCAAAAUCGAUGGUUCGACGAGGAUAAUCGUUUUUAGCGUGCUAACCGGCUUAUCUAUCGCCGGCACCUGUCUCCUGGCUACAUUGAGGAGUUCAUCACAGAGGCUGGUUCUGGGUGAGGCUGAAGGAGUCUCCAGUGCUGACAGGGAACUUCAGAUACCAGAACCAGCAAGAGAAAGGCCAUGGAUAGCCGCCUGGGAUGCGCUUAUAGAUGCGUCCAGUCUUUUCUUGACGCUAAAGAUGCUUCUGUUGUCCUUGACCUUUAUAUACACUGGUCUUGUCUUAACGUUCUACUCAGGCGUCUAUUCUUCAAGCAUUGGAUUCACCAAGGCAAUUGGCGAGACGCGUAAGAGCCUGGUAGGUCUUUCAGGAAUUUUUAUUGGAAUUGGUGAGGUCAUGGGUGGAGCCAUCUUUGGUAUUUUUGCAUCAAAGCUGGCCCGCAAUUGCGGUGGAUGGUUGGUUGUAGUUACGGGAUUUGGUGUACAUCUAUUUGCUUUCAUCUCCAUUUUCUUGAACUUGCCAAACGACUCACCGUUUUCGGAGACCGACAAAGUAGGGUUCAUCACACCUUCACCAAUCUUAGCUAUGGCCGGAAGUCUUGCAUUGGGCUUUGGUGAUGCUUGUUUCAACACCCAAAUAUACUCAUUGCUCGGUACCCUUUUUGCGAAACAGAGUGCAUCAGCAUUCGCACUGUUCAAAUUUUGCCAGUCGGUCGCGGCUGCCAUCAGUUUUGCCUACAGCAGCAAUGUUAAUCUUUAUAUACAGCUUCUUAUAUUGACGAUAACUACCGUCAUCGGUACCGGUGCCUUCUGUUAUGUCGAACGCAUUUCGAGAAGGGAAGCCGACAACGCCCUGACCGACACCAACCCUACUCUCGUUGAGUAGAAAACAGACUGUGAAUGUGUUCAACCAAUAACUUGCAGUGAUUGAAAACGCUCUAUUUACUCUACAUUAUUAGAAUGAACCAUUUGGGUCACUUAGCUUGACCUCUAUAGUCAGCAAGAUCCAUUUGAAGAUUUCUCUUGAUGUGGAUACUCUUAUUUUACAUAAGCCAGAAUAGUCAUCCUACAACAUUGGAUGAUUUCAGUAAGUAAUGACUAAGUCUUUUACUGUUGGUGGAUGCAGCAAUAUUUUUACUCUAGCUGCUGAUACCAUAUUAAACAUGUUAAGCUAGUCGUUUGGCAAGGGAUAUGACAAUGAAUGAGAAUCUGAAACACAGAACAAAAAACAACAGUAACUAUGGAAUAACUAAAUUUACUAAUUUUUAAUAGAAUAAUUUGUUUUAUACCUUAUUGGAGAGACGUGAGGCAUAAUGUUUUAAGUAUCAGAACUGUUAUUAUCGUACAUGUAUUGUUGUUAUGUAAGAAACUUUAUAUCAGAGCAUUGCCAAAUCAUAGCAAUGAUCCAUUCUUCUUCGUAAUGCGGCACAAUUUGUGAGAUGCCCUAAAGCAGUGGUAACUACAGUAAAAUCUCUCGGACUGUCGCCGGGACCGAAUUGUAAGGCAUUAGCUCUAGCGUACGAAGAUUUCAUUCCUCGAAUCUCACGGCUUGCCACUACAUAUAGUUGCCAGCACCCCAUGAGAGAGAAAGAGAGAUAAAAUGAAACUCGAGUCGAGGGAAACCUACCUGGAAAGACAGCGGCAAUCGGUGUACAUUAC